CUUAAAAGUGAUAAUAAAUUCAUUUUGAAAUCAACUUGCAAUGGAGUUGCUGAAGUACUUAAUUUGUGUCCUUUUGGCCACCCAGUGGACUACAGCUUACCCAACGUUUUCCAACGCACCUCAAAUAAACCUUGACAAACUCAUGGGGGGUAUUUUUGACGUUGUCAAUGCAGGAAUAAACUUGCACUUCCCUCAGCAAAAAAGUGAAAGUGGAAAAGAUGGCGAUAGACUUCACGGUGGAGGUUCCUAUAGCAAGGGACAAUCUGGUGGCCCACCAAUUAUUGGAGUCUCUAAAUAUGAUAUCAUAGAUCUAAAGUCGCCAAAGCCGAAUUAGGGUUACUCAUUCAAGCAUAUUAAAACAAGUAACUGACAUAAGAACCCCAUGUGAAAUGUAAAACAGGUUCUGUAACUACCAUAAAUGAAAUUUGUUAAAUUCUGAACAUUUAAUUAAGUGCCAUAUGCGUUCAUACAUACGGUUUUUAAAAAUAUUUUUAAUGGAAUAUUUAAGAGUAAAUACGUAUAUUUUUUGCCUUAUAAAAACUAAAGCUAAAAAGAAUGUAUUUUUUUGAUCAAGUCCAUAAUAAAUGAAGCCAAAAAUAUUACAAUAGUAAA